UCAAAGUCAAAAAGUCGUCAAGAAGUAGAAGACUAAUGAAACAACUGGAUCAGGAGAGAAAAAAAAAAAAAGAUGAAGAAAAAAUACAAGUGGAAUUUGAAUCAACAAACAUGUCUGACAUACAGGAAAAGGAUGUAGAAAACAAAACCGAUGAUUUAGUCGUCAAGAUAAAGAAUGCUGAACUAGUUACUUUCAAAUGUAAAGAUGCUUUGGUUGCGGAUAAAGAUAACUACAGUUCUGAAGACGAUAUUGAAGCAAGCCCAGGAUACCAGUUCAAGAAUAAGUCGGACAGAUCUGAAAAUGUCAAGUUUUUUCUUAAAAGUGGUUGUAUACCAGAUGCUGCAAUGAUUCACGCUGCAAGAAAGCGUAGACAACAAGCAAGAGAAUUGGGUCAUGAACAUAUUCCAUUGGAUGAACAAGAGGACAUUUGUAAUUCUAGAUUAGUUCUCAAAGAUGAUCGUAACCACAGUGAUGAUGAUUCCCACGAACGACUUAACAUGUCUGUUGAUACAAACACAUUGGAUAAAGAAAAACGACGGCAAGCUUUUAUUAACUCACAAGUACCACUUAUUAAAUUAUCUGACGAUGGAAGUCAACUUGAAAUAGAAGAAUGGGAAACUCAACAAAUAAGAAAAGGUGUUACUGGAGCUCAGAUAGUGGCAGUGCAACAGGAUUCAAUGUUCCCGUACAAUUCAAUAAAUCUUACGUGUAAUCAAGAACCUGUUGUAAAUUCAGUUAUAUCAAAUACUAUACCAGUAGCACCACCACCACCCAUGAUACAACCUCCAGAUCCUACAAAGUGCAUUCCUGUAAGUGCCGAAGAAAUAUUGGAGAAAAUGCGUGAGAGGCUAGUUAACUUGCGAGAAAUUCAUCGCCGCCACGAGUUAAAUUUUAAUACUGUCAUAGAAGAUUUGGCACAAAGCAAAAUUGAACUGAAAGAAGGAGAAAAUAGAGAACCUGAACUAGCUCAACGCUACAGAUAUUACCAAGAGCUACGUGGAUACAUCAUUGACUUUGUUGAGUGUCUUAACGAGAAACUACCCAUAAUUCGCUCAAUGGAAUCUCAAUGGCUAGAACUAUUUGGAAAUAGAUCCAGAGAAUUAAGAGAAAGACGAAGGCAGGAUACAAGAGAUCAGGCUGAUGAAAUCACUAGUGCUGGAAGAGCUCAAAGUUUUAGAAGAUGUCCAGAAGAUGAUGCACGCAUGAAACGAGCUACAGAGAGAGAAGGAAGGAGAGCACGAAGACGUAGAGCUAGAGAACUUGCCCCAAUCAUGGAAAGACACAUGGAUGGUAUGUCUAGUGACGAUGAGGUAACAGAGCAGAAAAAUCUUCUUUUCAGACAAGCAAAAGAGGAUAUUGAAAAGGAGUCUCGAGAAAUAUUUUCAGAUGUUGAGGACGACUUUUCUUCGUUGAAGGGAGUUUUAAGUAAACUAGAAGACUGGAAGAAAGCAGAUCCAGAAUCAUAUAAUGAAGCAUAUGUACCUUUAUGCAUUCCUAAAAUAAUUUCUCCUCUAGUUUGUCUUCAACUCAUUACAUGGAACCCUGUCAUGGAAAAUGUAGAACUGGAAAGAUUCAAAUGGUUCAAUUCCUUAAUUUUAUACGCAUUUGAUCCGAACGAAAUUGAAGAAUUUUUACGAUGUGAUCCAGAUGUAUACUUAAUUCCAUCGGUAAUUGAGAAAGUUGUUCUUCCAAAACUAACAACAAUCGUGGAAAAAAUUUGGGAUCCAAUGUCAACAACCCAAACUCUUCAGUUAGUAAAAAUAACUUCACGUUUUAUUAAAGAGUAUCCAAAUCUCAAUGAAACAAGUAAACAAUUGGAGAAACUUUUUAACACGAUUUUGGAACAAAUGCGUGUAGCUGUAGAAAACGAUGUGUUUAUUCCAAUAUUUCACAAACAAAUGGACGCUAAACAUCCGUUCUUUCAGCGCCAAUUUUCCAUGGCUAUUAAAUUGCUUCGAAAUUUAUUUAGUUGGCAAGGCCUUAUUGGAGAUAUGAUACUUAAAAAUAUUGCCUUAGGAUCGCUAUUAAAUAGAUAUAUUCUUACGGGAUUGCGUGCUUUUCCUACUGCUGAUGCACUAGUUAAAGCAAAAAUGAUAAUGAACAUGUUGCCAAGUGCAUGGCUGCAAGGAGAUAUGCUUGAUCACUUGACAAUGUUUGCGGAAACAAUUUUUAAAGCCAGUAAGCAACUUGAUCAAGAUAAUCCAGAUCAUGAUGAAGCCUGGGAACAUUCCAAAUCUAUUUUAAAAAUGAUCAAACAUCUGUGAAUAGUCAAGAAAGACCAUGGCGCUUAUAUUCUAAGUAUAAAACUUGAAGAUGUGAAUAAUUAAAAGUCAAAGGGUUUCGACAGUUUGUUAAUCUACCUCCAUUGAUCAUCGAAUUUACUGUUGAACUCAUCAAUGUCUUGAUAUGAUCAUGUACUUUUUAGACAUCAUUACUAAUCUUGUUGAUUGUCCAUAAACAAGAAUAAAUGAAAGAAAAUUUAAAUGCAACAAAAAAUCAGUAUUGUUACUACGAACUUAGAAAAAUUUGCUUUACUUACUUAGAUAAAGUAUGCACGUUUUUUAUCUGAUUAGUUAAAAAAUAAAAAAACCAGAGGUCAGUGGAUGCUUGGGUACCCUAAUAUGAAGUUAUACUUCUA